CGACGUCUGAAUCGUUACAAAAUAUAAAUUAAACGUUACAUUUCUCCGCGAUCAUCAUUCGCAUCGCUUUUCCGGCAGGAAUCGUUAUUUCGCCGGUUGUAUCGCAAUUUAUUUGAUACCCGGUAUACGGACGCAUCUGCUGCUGCGCAUGCGUAAAGUUUGGUAACAAAAAACUUCUGAAUAGCGCUAACAGAUGACACUUGCCUGCAGAAUGUUAGGCAAUGUUGGGUCUGUAAAUAACUUUCCCAAUGCAGAUGACAGAUGGCGUUUGCCUGCAAAAAUAUGAAACUGACAGGUGAAAUUGGCCGCUCCUUUCAGCUGUAUCAUUGCAUCCUUCGAGAAAUAAAUGCAACAGUAAAUGUAUUAGACAGAAAUAUAAUGUAGUGCAGAGCUAAACGCAGAAGAGGCAGUUCGCAGCGUAGACGGUACUCUCAGACACGAUGCGAGAUGUUUAACAUCUGGAGUGAAGGUGUGUGCGUAUGCGUCGCAACGCUGCCUCACAGCUGAUGCGCGGUGACGUCACUAAAACAAAGCCAUGCGCGCUCGCUCGGCGGCGGAGCGCGAGAGACCGAGAGUGAAGUCGCUCUGCGAGCGCGACGGGCACACAUUCGGCGUCCACGGCGACGGCAAGGUGCGCCUUGCGUCCCCGCGCCUCUUCGAGUUGUCGCAAGUUGUCGCAAGUUGAUCCCGAUCGUCGUCGUCUGGCGUCGCGCGCGUCCCCGCCCGCCCGCGCCGUGAGCCAGGAUGCCGUUCAUAUCCAAGGACUGGCGUAGCCCGGGCGAGGAAUGGGUGAAAACGGUCGAGGGCUGGGAAAAGAAGAAGAUCCUCGAGUGCGCCAACAACAAGACCCUCUCGCUUCUCCUACGCGGCGAGAAAGAUGCCGGCGAUAAGAAGGAGAAGGACAAAAAGAAAGAAAAUGCCGUCCAACCACAUUGUCACAUCACACUGAAGUGCACACGCGAGAUCGCCGGCUUCAACGGCCUGAGCGACGCUCUGAAGAGGCUGGAUUUCCUGUCCGCGGUGCACGACUGCCGUCGAUUCAACUACAUCGUCCGUCUCCUGGACCUUUUGGUCAGCCACAGGAUGGGCGGCCUCAGCGGAUGCGCCCAGAGAGUGCUCUUCAAUAUGCUCGAGGAGGUCGCGCUGGAAGUGUCGCUGUCGCAGCAACAAACCGGAAGACUGCGCCGUCUCAUAGAGAGAGUCCGAGCCUUCAGCGCCGGCUGCUGCUGGGGCGGCAGACCGCUGGGCUCCGUUAUCCUGUGGGAGAAGCAUAAAGCUGCGCUGGAAAGAAUCUUGCAGAUUGCCUCGUCCAUCACCAUCACGCAGCCGGACGAGGAGCAGCAGCCGCAGUGGUCCGAUCUGCCGCCCGAGUGCCGCCGUGAGGUCCUGCUGCGUCUGAGCGAUCCGCGGGACAUCGAAGCCUCGUCCGAGGCCUGCGAGCAUCUCGCCGUCCUGGCGCAGGAGCAAAGAAUCUGGCGCGAGCUCGCCCAGUAUCACUUCACGCCGCAGCAGAUCGCCACCACCAGGCAAAAUAAUCCCGGAAAAGACUGGAAAACCAUAUUCACUGUCGCCCGAAGAUCGUUCGGCUUGCGGGAGGAAUACGCCGAGAUGAUCCAGCUGUGCCGCAAUUGUCGCUGCUUGUUCUGGCGAUCGCUGGGCCAUCCCUGCAUCGCCGAUCAGGACCCAGCGUUUCAGGAGAAGCUGGCGGACGUUGACCAGGCGUCCCUCCACGUGCCGAUUCCUCCGCAGACCUUCCUGAAAUUCUUCUCGCUGUGAAAGCUUUCGCGACGCGAUUAUAUCUUAAGUGCGUAAGAAAUAUAUUACGGUGUGUGUGUGUGUGUGUGUGCGGAAAACGAGACGCGACUGCUGUGAAUGAUCGUCGCGCGACGGAAUGGAUGCAUGCGCGUGUAAAAGACGGAACGUUUAAUGAUGUUACACCUGCACUUAGAGAGUCUAAUGUUACCUUCUGAAAAAUAUAUUUAACUCGAGAUACUCUUAAUAUAUCGUAUGGGCCGCCAAGAUAGAGAUCGGCAAUAGGAAUCGACUAGGAAUAUUGCCCUCUGAACGGUUUGACGUCGAUUUUACUCCAACGAAUCGGAGGCCUACUUAUUUCAAGUUGAAUGAGCGCGAUUUGAAGAAUUGAAAAGCUGCUAAGCAGAAACGCGAAGCCGCACGAAACACUAUCCGGGGAAUCGAUAGCUUUUUCAAGUUCUCACUUCUGCUCCGUAAUUAGCGAACGCGCUCAAACUUUUUAUCGAUGGAAAAUCGAUUCCAAAGUGCUCGCGAGUAAUAUUCUCUAUUGCUGACUUUGACUCCGUCAAGCUCAUCUUGUAUCUUGAUUGGAUAUAAGUUGUUCUCUGGUCAACGGAAUCUCUUGUGUAACACGGGAUUCCUGAUCUGCUUUUUUCUUUUUUUUAUCUUCGAUAUUCCUAUGGAUACGUUCUAAGGACGAUAAGAGAGGAUAUUUCCAGUAUCCUUCCGAGUUACGGUUGUAGAAAGUAGACACUAGUCGUAUAACAAUGUUGUUCGCGGUAAAAAAAAAAAAGUCACGCGUCCGUUCAGAAGGAUAGCGUAAGGAUGUUGAUUUUUACGCUGACAAGCUUUUGGUGUUUGAAACUGAUAAACAACUACGUGUGAUCUUGCGGCAGCACUCUUUCCAGUCUACUUUUUCGUCGAUAAUAGUAUCAGCCUAUCUUCGCGAAUCCAAUAUUUGUUAAUUUGAUGAGAUGAUCUGAGACAUGUUUUGCAGCAACAAAAUUUUUUAUUUCGAUAGAAAGUUAUUGGAACAGGAAUUUGGAACAAAUUCAAUCUCAAUUUAAUACUUCCGCAGUCGCGUAUAAACUAAAAUGCCUUUUAAAUGCCAAGUUAUUUUUCCUAUGCGAUAUCAAUGAAGACAAUCGAGUCGAUUCGAAGAAAAUGUUCUUCUUCCGCCACAGAUAUCAUUUCGCCGACGUUAAACAGAAAGGAAAUCACCGUAUAUCGUGCAUAAUCGUAUAUUUAAAAUAUGAUGUGUAUUCAUCGAUACAAUGUAAUUUAUUUCUUAAUGGAACGGUAUUUUUGGUGCUCUUCAUAGCUUUAUUGCAUUUCGGAUUUGCAUUUAGAUAGAUAGAUUUAAUAAAUGGUUAUAUACUUUCGUAUAAUGGCAAAAAAAAACAUCUAUCGCGCUAUUCUGUAAUAAAGAUUACGCUUCGACUUUAUUUUACAAGAGUGUAAAAAGGGUUGCUAUUUUUGUGCAACAUUCUUGUAUCGUCCUUUUUCUAUUUUUAUUUAAUUUUAUUUUAGAGUCGUUUUUUUUACAACGUAAUAAAAUUGCGACAUCUUUGCAAUUUUCGGCCAGCAGCUUUCUUGAUCGUAGAACAAUGUUGCUAUCGCGAAUUUCAAGUUCGGACAGUCGUUUGGAUGUUGUGAUGAAAAUAUACAUAGCUAACUUACAAAGUACAAAAUAUAACCAUCGUUAUUGUCGAUUGUGAACGCAGACGGAUCGCGAAGUCCCGUCGUCGCCUAUACAGGGUGUCAUAGUUAAAGCAAUACGGAGAUAACGUAUAUUUGAAUUUUCGCAUUCUGCAUAUUCGUUUUGAGAAGGGCCCUAUAUUUGUAUUACAUUCAUCAUGCGUUUAUGUGCGCGUACACAUUUAUUCAGCUGUAAUGUUGAUAGAUUUCUAAAGACCUAAGUUACGAUAUGAUAUAUAAGAAACAAACAAAAAAAAAGCAGAAAUUGUACUGCAUCACUAAUCGGAGAAUGAAAAAUUAUACUGCCAAAGCGAAUGCUAUUGCAUUUACACGAAUCGAUGCGUCGUUUGUGUAAAUUUCCGUAUAGCGACGAGACGUUUUUUUGAUAUUUGCUCUUUUAUUCGUAGCGAAAAACUUAAAGAAAUCACUGCAUGACUUAAAUAUACUAACCUAGUCACUAAAGAGGAUGACCAAAAUCGCGGUUGAGCGCAAUGUUAAAAAAGUGUAAUAAGCUUGAGAUGAGAAUUGGCAGCUCACUGUGUACAUUAAUAAUUAAUAAUUCAACGAACUGGUCUCUGUAAGGUAUAUAUAUACAUAUAUAUAUAUAUAUAUAUGAUUAUAAAGCGAUCCUAUGAUCAGGAUUAUUUUACUUACAUAAGCAGAUGUGUAGAGCAGUGUUGUGCAAAAUGCUUCAAAAAAUAAACUUUAUUUAAAUA